UGCCCAUUCUCUCACCCUCUCCAACCCUUCAACAUUCAAACCCUCUCUCUCUCUCUCUCUAUCUGGGUCUCUCUCUACUGCUAGCAGUAAGUGCCAACCCUAUGGCGUGCAAUUAAUAACGAGGGAUCCGAUCGGUAUCGAUUCUGCAGGUUUCCCCCAGCUUUGCUGCCUCGCGAAGUAAACUGCAGUAACUCCUCGUUCGGACGGCCGACGCAGCCCAGUUCCGGCGGAGAGGAGGGAAGGAGGAAGGCAAAGAUGAGACCCAAGAUUUACAUCUUCGGCGACUCCAUCACCCAAGAGUCCUUCGCCGACGGCGGCUGGGGCGCUUCGCUUGCCCACCAUUUCUCUCGGGCGGUGGACGUGGUGCUGAGAGGGUACAGCGGCUACAACACGAGGUGGGCUCUCAAGGUGCUCGACAAGGUCUUCCCGGUGGCGGGCGGCGGCGACGCACCGCUCGCGAUCACCGUCUUCUUCGGCGCGAACGACGCUUGCCUCCCGGACCGGUGCUCGGCCUUCCAACACGUGCCCCUCCACGAAUACAGGCAAAACCUCCACUCCAUCAUCUCCAUUUUCAAGAAGCGAUGGCCCGAGACUCAGAUUCUUCUCAUCUCUCCUCCUCCGAUCGAUGAAGAUGCUCGCCUCAAAUUUCCGUAUGUCGAGAAUCCGAUGGGCAUGCCUGAGAGAACUAAUGAAGCUGCCGGUGCGUAUGCUGAAGCUUGUGUUUCUGUCGCAGCGGAAUGCGGGAUUCCAGUUGUCGAUCUCUGGACCAAAAUGCAACGGUUCCCAGAUUGGGAAAAGGCCUGUCUAAGUGAUGGUCUCCACCUUACACAGACUGGGAACAAGAUUGUGUUUGAGGAAGUGAUCAUGAAGCUGAGGGAUGUGGGCUUGAGCUUGGAAAGCUUGCCAGUUGAUCAACCCUUGAUUGGUGAUAUUGAUCCAAGCAACCCCCUCAAAUCUUUCGAAAACUGAAGAAGACCUGUUAUAGCUUGGGCCAAUCUGCUUCUCUCUAUUAGGGUUUAGAUAAUUACUGCACGCUACCUUCAUGAUCUGUCAUGGUCUAGUCUUCUGUAGAAGACUGUUACUUUGGUCAACUGCGAUGCCUAGUUUCUGAAUAUUUAUGAUGUAAGUGCUUGUGCAUCAAUACAUGUGGAUUAUCUUCUCUGA